AUGGCCGAUACCCUACACAACGCGCCCAUAGUCCUAGACAAUGGUUCAGGAACCAUCCGCGCGGGGUUCGCAGGCGACGACCUCCCUAAGUGCUACUUCCCCUCCUUUGUUGGCCGGCCGAAACACCUGCGAGUGCUGGCAGGCGCAUUAGAAGGAGAUGUUUUCAUUGGGCAAAGAGCGCAGGAACUACGGGGCUUGUUAAAGAUUAAGUAUCCGUUGGAGCAUGGGAUUGUGACGGAUUGGGAUGAUAUGGAGAGGAUUUGGGAAUGGGUUUAUGGGGAGGGGCUGAAGACGCUGAGUGAGGAGCAUCCAGUGCUAUUAACAGAACCCCCUCUCAACCCACGGAGUAAUCGUGAUACGGCAGCGCAAAUACUGUUCGAGACAUUCAACGUACCCGCUCUUUACACAUCCAUCCAAGCCGUGCUGUCUCUUUACGCCUCAGGUCGAACAACGGGUAUAGUGCUCGAUGCUGGAGAUGGUGUAUCUCACGCUGUACCUGUGUAUGAAGGAUUCUCCAUGACCAGUUCGAUACGGCGGAUAGAUGUGGCGGGACGAGAUGUCACAGAAUACAUGCAAACGCUACUACGGAAAGCAGGAUACGUAUUUCAUACAAGUGCGGAAAAGGAAGUUGUCAGGAUGAUUAAGGAGAAAGUCAGUUAUGUUGCUGCGGAUCCGAAGAGGGAGGAGAAGGACUGGGCUAGUGCGAAGAUGGGAGACGGGAAGGUGGUUGAAUAUGUGCUGCCUGAUGGGAACAGAAUCAAGGUAAAUCUCAUGAUACUUGAGCGAGGAGUAGAUGCUGACAGAAGACAGAUUGGAGCAGAAAGAUUCCGUGCCCCGGAAAUCCUCUUCGAUCCCGAGAUCAUUGGCCUCGAGUACCCAGGAAUCCACCAAAUCGUCGUGGACGCAAUCAACCGCACAGAUCUCGACUUACGGAAAUCCCUCUUUGGCAAUAUCGUUUUAUCUGGUGGCAGUACAUUAACAAAGGGCUUUGGUGAUAGGCUAUUGCACGAGGUUCAAAGGCUGGCUGUGAAGGAUAUGAGGAUCAAGAUUUUUGCGCCUCCUGAGAGGAAAUACUCAACGUGGAUUGGAGGUAGUAUCUUGGCUGGUUUGAGCACAUUUAGAAAGAUGUGGGUCAGUAUUGAUGAUUGGCAUGAGAACCCGGAGAUCAUCCACACAAAAUUCACAUAG